CCAAGCCAGGCCUCAGCUGGGCCACAUCUGGAGAACUGGGGUGAGGGCACAACACCAAAUAAUUCUGGACUUAGCCCAUUCAUUCUUCUUGGGGGCGCCAAGAAAAAGAAACCUAUGAUCUUAGAACACAACACCUGCACCGAAGUCCAGCAGCACAGUUGCCUGCCCUCACCUCUCUCUGCCCCCUGCUUCUGGCUGCUCCCCAUCUGCCUCCCCGCUAAUGUCUAUGCCUCAUAUUAUCUCUCGGACACCUAUGAUGUCCCAGAGCGGACGUCCUGCAGGUGUGCCCGCAGAUGGGAAUAUCUCUCCAAGUGUCAUUCAAGUGAUCGUGAAGACCCCGGGACACCAGAACAGCUUUACGGUAGCUGGUGACACCUCAGUGAGGCAAUUCAAGGAGAAGCUGUCUGCUCACUUCAAAUGCCAAAUGGACCAACUGGUCCUGGUUUUCAUGGGCCGCCUUCUCAAAGACCAUGACAUACUGAGUCAGAGGGGCAUCAAAGAUGGCCAAACCAUUCACGUGGUCAUCAAGUCCAAGAAUGGCUCCAGAUCCCUGACUCAUUCUUUCCGGAACCUGAUAACGAACAAUCCCUGCCAUCAAGACAGAAGCACCAAAGGAAAUAGCAGUGGGGUGUGCCAGUCUGCAGGCAUGGGUCAAACCAAAGAAGAAUCAUCCCUUCUCAUGGAGUCUGAUGCACCCAAGGUGGGUACUCAAGGCCCAGAAUUGGACAGUCCAGAGCAUAUUGCACAGAUGUUGAAGGAUCUUUGUGUUCAGAGGGUGUUGUCCAAUAUGGAUAUCAUGCACCAGCUUAUCUCAGAACAUCCAGAUAUGCAAGAACUGUUGCAGCAGAACCCAGAAAUCUCCCAUAUCCUCGACAAUUCUGAAAUUCUAUGCCACAUUCUGGAGUUGGCCAGGCACCUUGCCGUUAUCCAAGAGAUAAUGCAGAUCAAUCAGCCAGCACAGAACCUUGAGCAUCUACAGAACCCACAGCCGUACCUGGGCUUAGAGACAAUUCCAAAUGGGAACAAUGCCCUGGGCCAGAGCUAUGAUUUCAAUGACCAAAUGCUCAAUGGGAUGCAAGAUUUUUUAUGGGGCAACUCUUUUACAGCCCUUCUGGCUGGUCAAGUACUAGAGCAAGUCCAGACUCCUUCCCAAUCUCUUUCACCAUUCUCUGAGGAACAAUGGCCCCGCCCCCCUGCCCAAGUCAUUUAUGCUAAUUCUUGUGGAUUAUCAUCAAUCACCCCAACAAAUGUUACUCUAAGCAAUGCCAAUCAUGCUUCCAAAGAAAAUCCAGCCUCAGUCACCACUGAGGGCCAAAGCCAUGUCUGUGCUAUUCAGCAGCCAGCUGGGAUCCCAACCUUACCCAGCACAGCCGUCACCCAGGAGCUUCAGGAAGAUGAUAAGGGUAUGGCCAUCCCUGUGGGUACUUCUGACCAGGGGUUAGAGGGAGAUCUCCAGCAGUCAGGUGAGCAGACCAGCUCUCAGCUCACAGGAGGAAUGAUCCAAUUGCUUAGGAACUAUCCAUACAUGGCUGCUCAGAUGCUGCUGCUCAUGAAUAUGCCCCAGCAGAGUGAACAGUGGAAACAACAAUCUCCCACAUCCUUGCAGUCAUCACAGCUUUCGGACUUGCUUUUAGCCCUAGCCAACCCUAAAACAUCACAAGCAAUACUACAGAUCGAGCAUGGUCUACAGUUA